ACUGCUGUGCGCCCGCGGCGUGAGGCGUGGGAGGGAGCGCGGCCCAUCAUCCGCGGCGCCGCCCGGUCGUCGUCUAUCUUCGUCUCCCGGCGCCAGCGCGGUCCGAGUUCUUUCUGACCGCUAUGGAAAGAGGAAAGAGAAGCUAGGAGUAUUUGUAAAUCAUCGUUUGACUCCGUCACAGAGUUAUGGCGGCCUUCUGAACUGCCACAGCGAGGGAUAAUUUAAAGUGUAGAUGGUUGACGUCUCCCUCUUUAUAGCUGAGGAAUGUAGGUUGCAGAAGAGACUCAUUCACCACCAGGGGUCCCCCUGGCACCAGCGCCCCUUCCAGCUAUAGCUGCUUGCAACCUGCAACCACAUGGCCUGAUUUCUAGCAAGACUCCAGAGGUUCUCUCCGCUUCAGUUACCUAAUUCGGGGAGCCAGUCCUACCUUCGCUAUUUGCUAAAUAAGAAUAUGACAGAUACCUAGCAUCUAGCCAAAUAAUGGCAGCUGCCUACCUUGACCCAAACUUGAAUCACACACCGAAUUCAAGUACCAAGACUCACCUGGGUACCGGUGUGGAACGUUCCCCUGGGGCCAUGGAGCGAGUGUUGAAGGUCUUUCAUUAUUUUGAAAGCAACAGUGAGCCAACCACUUGGGCCAGUAUUAUCAGGCAUGGAGACGCUACUGACGUCAGGGGCAUCAUUCAGAAGAUAGUGGACAGUCACAAAGUAAAGCACGUGGCCUGCUAUGGAUUUCGCCUCAGUCACCUGCGGUCAGAGGAGGUUCACUGGCUCCAUUUGGAUAUGGGUGUCUCCAAUGUGAGGGAGAAGUAUGAACUUGCACACCCACCAGAGGAGUGGAAAUAUGAAUUGAGAAUUCGUUAUUUGCCAAAAGGAUUUCUAAACCAGUUUACUGAAGACAAGCCAACUCUGAAUUUCUUCUAUCAACAGGUGAAGAGCGAUUAUAUGUUGGAGAUCGCUGAUCAAGUGGACCAGGACAUUGCUUUGAAGUUGGGUUGUCUAGAAAUACGGCGGUCGUACUGGGAGAUGCGGGGCAACGCCCUGGAGAAGAAGUCUAACUAUGAAGUAUUAGAAAAAGAUGUUGGUUUGAAGCGAUUUUUUCCUAGGAGUUUACUGGACUCAGUCAAGGCCAAAACACUAAGAAAAUUGAUUCAACAAACAUUUAGACAGUUUGCCAACCUUAAUAGAGAAGAAAGUAUUUUGAAAUUCUUUGAGAUCCUCUCCCCAGUGUACAGAUUUGAUAAAGAAUGCUUCAAGUGUGCCCUUGGUUCAAGCUGGAUUAUUUCGGUGGAGCUGGCGAUUGGCCCCGAAGAAGGGAUCAGUUACCUCACAGACAAGGGCUGCAACCCCACACACCUGGCCGACUUCAAUCAAGUGCAGACCAUUCAGUAUUCAAACAGCGAAGACAAGGACAGGAAAGGGACGCUGCAGCUGAAGAUUGCAGGAGCGCCUGAGCCUCUGACGGUGACAGCACCGUCCCUGACCAUUGCCGAGAACAUGGCCGACCUGAUAGAUGGGUACUGCCGGCUGGUGCACGGGGCCACGCAGUCUUUCAUCAUCAGGCCUCAGAAAGAAGGUGAACGGGCUUUGCCAUCGAUACCAAAGCUGGCCAACAGCGAGAAGCAGGGCGUUCGGACCCACGCCGUCUCUGUGUCAGAUGAAAUUAGUGGGGACGAAACAGAUGACUAUGCUGAGAUUAUCGACGAGGAAGAUACCUACACCAUGCCCUCGACCAGGGACUAUGAGAUUCAGAGAGAAAGAAUAGAACUGGGACGGUGCAUCGGAGAGGGCCAGUUCGGAGACGUGCACCAAGGCGCUUACACGAGCCCGGAGAAUCCAGCUUUGGCGGUUGCAAUUAAAACAUGUAAAAACUGUACUUCGGACAGCGUGAGAGAGAAAUUCCUUCAAGAAGCCUUAACAAUGCGUCAGUUUGACCACCCUCACAUUGUGAAGCUGAUCGGAGUCAUCACAGAGAACCCCGUCUGGAUCAUCAUGGAGCUGUGCACGCUCGGAGAGCUGAGGUCAUUUCUGCAAGUAAGGAAAUACAGUUUGGAUCUAGCAUCUCUGAUCCUCUAUGCCUAUCAGCUUAGCACAGCCCUUGCGUACCUAGAGAGCAAAAGAUUUGUGCACAGGGACAUUGCUGCUCGGAAUGUUCUGGUGUCCUCAAACGACUGUGUAAAAUUAGGAGACUUCGGCUUAUCCCGAUACAUGGAAGACAGCACUUACUACAAAGCUUCCAAAGGAAAAUUGCCUAUUAAAUGGAUGGCUCCAGAGUCAAUCAAUUUUCGCCGUUUUACCUCAGCUAGUGACGUAUGGAUGUUUGGUGUGUGUAUGUGGGAGAUACUGAUGCACGGUGUGAAGCCCUUUCAAGGCGUGAAGAACAAUGAUGUGAUUGGUCGCAUUGAGAACGGGGAGAGGUUGCCCAUGCCUCCGAACUGCCCUCCCACCCUCUACAGCCUCAUGACCAAGUGCUGGGCCUACGACCCCAGCCGGCGGCCCCGCUUCACUGAGCUCAAAGCUCAGCUCAGCACAAUCCUGGAGGAAGAGAAGGUCCAGCAAGAAGAACGGAUGAGGAUGGAGUCCAGAAGGCAGGUCACAGUGUCCUGGGACUCUGGAGGGUCCGACGAAGCACCACCCAAGCCCAGCAGACCUGGUUAUCCUAGUCCGAGGUCCAGCGAAGGGUUUCAUCCCAGCCCACAGCACAUGGUACAGACCAAUCACUACCAGGUCUCUGGCUACCCUGGCUCACAUGGAAUCACAGCCGUGGCUGGCAGCAUCUACCCAGGUCAGGCAUCUCUUUUGGACCAAACGGAUUCGUGGAAUCACAGACCACAGGAGAUAUCGAUGUGGCAGCCCAACGUGGAGGACUCUGCAACACUGGACCUGCGUGGCAUCGGGCAGGUGUUGCCGACCCACCUGAUGGAGGAGCGGCUGAUCCGGCAGCAGCAGGAGAUGGAAGAGGACCAGCGCUGGCUGGAGAAGGAGGAGAGGUUUCUGAAACCUGACGUGCGGCUCUCUCGAGGCAGCAUCGACAGGGAGGAUGGAGGUCCUCAGGGCCCGACUGGAAACCAGCACAUAUAUCAGCCUGUGGGCAAACCAGAUCCUGCAGCUCCACCAAAGAAACCACCGCGUCCCGGAGCCUCUGGGCACCUGAGCAGCCUCGCCAGCCUCGGCAGCCCCGGGGACAAUUACAACGAGGGUGUCAAGCCGUGGAGGCUUCAGCCCCAGGAAAUCAGCCCCCCUCCCACUGCCAACCUGGACCGGUCCAAUGACAGGGUGUACGAGAACGUGACGGGCCUGGUGAGAGCGGUCAUCGAGAUGUCCAGCAAGAUCCAGCCAGCCCCGCCAGAGGAGUAUGUCCCCAUGGUGAAGGAAGUCGGCUUGGCCCUGAGGACGCUGUUGGCCACCGUGGAUGAGACCAUUCCCGUCCUGCCCGCCAGCACCCACCGAGAGAUUGAGAUGGCCCAGAAGCUGCUGAACUCCGACCUGGGGGAGCUCAUCAGCAAGAUGAAGCUGGCCCAGCAGUAUGUCAUGACCAGCCUGCAGCAGGAGUACAAGAAGCAGAUGCUGACGGCCGCACACGCCCUGGCUGUGGACGCCAAGAACCUGCUCGAUGUCAUCGACCAGGCCAGACUGAAGGCCCUGGGGCAGACGAGGCCGCACUGAGCGCCGGGGCCUGCUCCCGCUCCGCCGCCACCAGCAGCGAGGCUCCGGCCGGCCGCGGGCGCCAGCACUCACAGCGCCAACGCUCUGGCCGAGGCUGGUUGAAAAUCUCAUAUAAGUUUAACCGCAUUUUGAUGUGGGUUGUUUUGGUUUUGGUUCUUUAAUCAUGGUGUUCAGAAAAGUCCGGGAUCCAAAAUGUGGCAUUUUUCUGAGAAUAAAAAUUGUACAUGAGAAGCUUUUAAAGAAUCGUGAAGAACAGAUUUUGUUCACAACAGGAUAUGCUUUCGUGGAAGCGGCCAGGGCAGUGAUGCACUGGUUCCUGAACUGGCCGGACUGGUCCUUGGAAGAAGACAGGAGGAAGUGGAGGAUUCCAGGAAACCCAAGGGGCUGAGAAUCCCUUUGCCAACCGCAGACUUACUACCCAGGCUGGAAUUUUUGUCGUUAGAACACUGUUCAGUUGCAAUAUGCUAAUACCACUUUACAAAGAAAGAAUAUAAAAGCUAUAUUUUGAAGACUUGAGUAAUUUCAGAAAAAAACUACAACCCUCUUGUCUUUCCUGCCUUUUACUUUCAUGUGAGUAUGUGAAGCAUUUGGUUGGAAACUAGCUGUAGAACACACUAAAAACUUUUGUCUUUUUCCACCAGAAUAAUGUGCCGGUUUUUUGUAGCGCUGUUAUUUCUCUUGGAAGCAGAAAUGCUUUGUACCGGAGCACCUCCGAACCGCAUUGAGAAGAAGUUCUGGAACCAUCCCUGUUUUCCAUUUUUAUAUAAUUUAUAAAGAAAGAUUAAAGCCAUGUUGACUAUUUCACAGCCACUGGAGUUAACUAACCCUUCAUUGCGUCUGUCUUCCCAGGAAGGAAUUGGGCGAAACAGAGAUUUGGUUUCCUUUUGGUGUCCAGUUUUACCAUCCAUUCUGUUAAAUAAUUUUGAAAAAUAUGCCCUCUCUUUAGUUUGUUGGGGGAAAUAAAUUAUUCUCAGGAAGAAUAUAAUGAACUGUACAGUUACUUUGACCUAUUAAAAAGGUGUUACCAGUAAAGUGCUUGGUGUAAUAUCCUUUCUGUUGGUUCUGUUCCUUCAGAUCAAUUGAAAUUUCUCAGGUGACUUGUCAGAUAAAGUAACAUACAGGAAA